AUGCUGGCUCGACUUGUUGCCCUGAGGUGGAGGGGACGAAUACUAUGGCUGGUUACCUUGGGCAUCCACCUACCUAGAGGAGGUAGAGUAGCACGGCCUGAGAAGAUCAUCUGGACGGCACGGAAGUUGGGAUCGGCAAUGAAAAAGUCCCCGUUUGCUGACCAAACGAAGCUCGGAGGUCAGACCUAUGAUUUUGAUCUCGGGCCCGGCUUGACGGCUAAGGGUCUGCCGCUUUUUAGCUCUGGCAAGUCAAUGGAUAACUACCGGUUUCUUGGUGCUGAGAACUUAGUAUUGUGGGUUGAGUGUGAAGCACAGUACUGCACUCCGUAUGAGUACGAGUACGUCUCAACCUCUGCCAACCAAGUAGUCGACAGCAUGCCGUCCACCGCGUCAUUUGUUAAGCCCUGCUAUCAUAAUUCAGCUCUUCUCCUCUUUGUCCUAGCCAGGUUCCCGGUUCACAUCGAUACGAACUCGCGUGUCGGCGGUUUUAUGAGCGUCAUCUUCUAA